CCUCGCCUUUCUCGCCAAGCACUCUCCACUCCCGACGUGGGAACUCCGCUCCCCCAUUCCCCCACCCCUCGCUCCCCUCCCCGCCCUUUCUCCCGGCUUCACCUCACGCCCCCCGGGGACCUGGCAGCAAGAGCUCACGAGGGUGGGGCGGGGAGGAGGCGCGUGGAUAAAAUCGCGGGGUUGGAAGGCGGGCGACUGCCUAUGCGCCCGCGGGAGACCUGCGCCCUGCGCACUGUUGGCCUCUGCGUGGUCCUAGGAGAGCCUCACGCUUGAGUCCAAGUUUAAAAACAUUCUACAAGAUGAAGAUGCUGCUAAUCUCACUGACCUUGAUGAUGUGGUUUGGAGUAUCAGCUCAUCAGAACCCUGGUCCUGAGUUUGCCGAUGUUGUGUUCCUGGUAGAUAGUUCUGAUCACAUGGGAAGUAAGUCCUUCCCCUUUGUGAGAACCUUCCUAAACAAGAUGAUCAGCAGUCUGCCCAUUGAAGCCAACAAGUUCCGGAUUGGUAUCGCCCAGUAUAGUGACGAUCUACACCAGGAGUUCCUGCUGCACACCUUCAGGACCAAGUCCGCCAUGUUGAACCACCUCAAGAAGAACUUUGGCUAUAUUGGCGGGUCCCUGCGAAUAGGCAAUGCUCUAGAGAGAGUCCACAAGACCUAUUUCUCAGGACCAGCAAAUGAAAGAGAUAAAAAACUAUUUCCCCAGAUUUUAGUUGUCCUGGCUUCAGGCCACUCUGAGGAUGAUGUGGUAGGACCUGCAGAAGCCUUGCGGAAAGAUGGGGUGAAAAUCAUUGCAUUGGGAUUACAAGACGCUUCGGAAGAAAACCUAAAAGCCAUGGCCACUUCUCAGUUUCACUAUAACCUUAGGUCAGUCAGAAAUGUGGGCACAUUUUCAGAAAACAUGACCAGGAUUAUUAAGGAGACGAUAAAGCACCAGGAAAGCAUACAAGAUGUUGAUGAUGUGGUGUGUGAAAGAGAUUCCAUGGCUGACAUCGUCUUCCUGUUGGAUGAAUCCUUUGAGAUCAGAAGAAGCUUGGAAGACCUUCAGAGGUUCCUGGAGAACAUCACAGCCUCCAUGGAUGUGAGGGGGGGUUGUACCAGGAUAGGCAUAUUGAGGUUCAGCAACAAAGCAGAAGUGGUCACUUCUCUGGGAGAUCCUAUGAGCCGUGCUGACAUUGUAAAGGCCAUUCGGAGUCUCUCUGUGAAGUUAGGGAGCGCCUACGUUGGGAAAGCCUUGAAGAAGGCCCAAGAAGUCUUUACCCAAGGCAGGAAGGCCCAGGGCGUGCGUCAGAUAGCCGUCCUCAUCACUCACAGAUCAUCAGAAGAUGAGGUAAUAGAAGCAGCUGAGGACCUUCUACUGCAGGAUGUCUCCAUCUUUGCCAUUGGCAUUGAAGGUUAUAACAACACUCAGCUGGAACAGAUAGUGUCUUACCCUCCAAAUCGUUAUAUUUCCAUCCAGAAGAGCUAUGCAGACCUAGAACCUUAUAGUGUCACUUUUCUAAACAAGCUCCAGUAUGAAGUAGACUACAGGACGUCCAUCCAACACGAACAAACCGAACGUUAUAGGACAGGCUGCAUUGAAACAGAACGGGCUGAUAUCUAUUUUCUCAUUGAUGGCUCAGGAAGCACUAAAAAAUACUUCCACGAAAUCAAGAAUUUCAUGAUGGAAGUGACACGAAUGUUUAUCGUUGCCCCAGAGAAGGUUCGGUUUGGGGCAGUUCAGUAUUCAUCCACAAGCCAAGAGGAGUUUGGCAUUGGCAAAUACUCUAACAAGGAGGACUUGGGCAAAGCCAUUCUCAAUAUCCGACACAUGGAUAAAAAAACAAAUACAGGGGCAGCCCUGAAUUUCAUGCUCCAAGUAAUCCAGAAUUCCAGGAAGAAGCAGUCCAGCAAGGUCCCCUGUCACCUUCUCGUCUUGACCGAUGGAAAGUCUGAUGACGAAGUUGAAGAACCAGCCAAGAGGCUAAGGGAGGAAGACGUUAUCAUUCAUGCAAUUGGCGUCAAAGGAGCUAAUAUAAAAGAGCUGGAAGAAAUAGCGGGGUCAAAGGACCGAGUUAAAUUUGUAUAUAAUUUUGACUCCUUAAAAAGCAUAAAAGAUGAAGUUGUGCAGAUCAUCUGCCAAGAAAAAGAUUGUAAAGACAAAAAGGCAGACAUCAUAUUUCUAGUGGAUAGUUCUAAGAGCAUAGGAGCCUCUACCUUCAGCACAAUAAAGACAUUUGUGAAAAACGUGGUGGACAAGACUAACGUUGGUAUUGAUCAAGGACAUGUUGGUGUUAUUCAGUUCAGCAACGUUACCAAGAAAGAAUUUGGGCUCACUGAAUACAUGACCAAAAAUGACAUUUUUGAUGCAAUUGACAGAAUGAAUCCUAUUAAAAAUAAAACCUAUGUAGGAAAAGCACUGGAAUUUGUUUCUGAUUACUUUGAACCCUUGAAUGGAGGACGUUCUGGUGUCAAGAAGUUUCUCAUCCUCAUCACUGAUGGGAAGUCAAGUGACACAGUUAAAGAACGAGCUUCAGAUCUUCGGAAUAAAGGAGUCAUUAUCCUCGUGGUUGCGGUCUUCCAGGCAAAAUCAUCUCUCCUAGAGGAUAUCACUGGAAAUACAAACUUGAUUUAUUAUGUUGAGAAAUUUGAUAACCAAAAACUACUUGAAGAUAAGCUGGUUUUUGAUAUGUGCACUCUCUAUGAAUGCAAACAAUUUCAAAUGCUAGACAUUGUACUUGUGCUGGAUGAUUCUUCGAGUAUCGGCCAUAAUGAGCAUGAAAGCAUGAUAAACUUCACGAAGCACUUGGUGAACAAGGCGGACGUUGGCAGAGACCGGGUUCAAUUUGGAGCCCUCAAAUAUGGAGAUAACCCUAAAGUCCUCUUCUACCUUAAUACCUACCACACCAAGGAAGGCAUCAUUGAGGGACUUAAAUACAAGAGAGAGGGAGUAAAUACUUACACGGCCAAGGCUCUGAAGAGCUCUCACGAGCUAUUUACGGAGGAACGUGGCAGUCGAGCCAAGAGAGGUGUAAAGCAGAUGCUCAUUGUGAUUACUGAUGGGGAAUCUCAUGAUAGUGACGAGCUUAAGAGCACAGCCCAGACACUGAGAGAUAAGAACAUCAUCAUCUAUGGAGUGGGUGUAGGGAGUGCUUCUGAGAAAGAACUCUUAGACAUAACAAACUCAAAAAACAAUUACUUCCUGGUAGACAAUUUUGAAAAACUAAAAGGACUCUACCUCCCCUUUGAGAAAAAAGCUUGUGAAAAUUCACUUGUUGUUUGUGGCAUACAAAAAGCAGAUGUCUUUUUCCUUUGCGAUGGCUCUGAUUUAGUAACUCAUAUGGAUUUCGGCAAAAUGGUUCAUUUUUUGGCAGACAUCAUUGAUAAUUUUGAUGUUUCACCCCAAAACACACGCAUUGGGAUGUCCCAGUUAGGCAGCUUUGACCAAGAAAUAAUUUACCUGAAUGAUACUUUGCAUAAAGAUGAGCGGAAAGGAAAAAUUUUGGCUUCUUUGAAGCGCAGUGGAAGUCCUCGGCUAGUAGAUGCACUUCACUUCGUGAAGGACACAUUUGUUUCUGGGAGCAGGAUCAUGGCUGGAGUUCCUCAGAUACUGUUUGUCAUCGUAUCUGGGAGGCCAAAGGGUAGCAUCUCCAUGGUGAACAAGGCUGUGGCAAAACUGAGAGAGCUUGGGGUGUGUAUCGUGGCCUUGGGGAUUGGGAAUGUUCGAAAUUAUGAAUUGCUCCAUAUCACCCACAACCCUGAGAAGAUCAUCACAGUGCCUGACUUUGAUAACUUGAAGAAAGAAGAUGUGAAAAAAAGGGUCACCCGGGAAAUCUGUCGCAACUGUCAGCAAAAGAGUUGCUUUGUGGAUACUGUUGUGGGCUUUGAUAUCUCGACCCAUCGGAGAGGCCAGACCUUGUUUGAAGGGCAGCCACACCUUGAAUCUUACCUUCCAGGCCUCCUAGAGUCUAUCAGUUCCUUAAGAGGUGUGAGCUGUGUGAGAAAACCUCAAGUCAGUAUAGCAUUUAAGGUAAACACUGAUAGCCAUUUUGAAUCCAGGUUCCAGAUCUAUGAAAAAACAAUGAUGGAAAAUCUGAGGCACACUGUAGUCAGCGGGCCAUCUCACCUUCAAGUGGCUGAUCUAGAAUCACUUUGGAGUGUAUUUAAUUACUCUGAAGAUCAUGGAAAGGUGAUGCUCAUUUUUUCUGAUGGUCUCCAGCAUGGCAAUAAUGAUCUCUGGAGACUUGAAAAGAAAUCAGAUGAACUCAGAAAACGAGGGUUGAUGGGUUUGUUCAUUGUUGCCCUGAACACUACUUCUCGUCUUGAUGAGUUUUCAAGCAUUGAAUUUGGGAAAGGAUUUGAAUAUAAGACACAUUUACACAUUGGAAUGAGAGACUUGAGAAGCAAACUGACAGAAUACCUGGACAAUAUUGCAGAAAGACAUUGCUGCUGUGCCUUCUGUAAGUGUUCGGGAGCUCCAGGGCCAAUCGGGUACCAAGGAUCAAGAGGUUUCAAGGGAUCGACAGGUCAGAAGGGCGGCAGAGGACACAGAGGGGAAGAGGGAGAGCCUGGGACAAGAGGAGACAGUGGGCCAGAAGGAGAAAGAGGUGCUCAAGGAUGUCAGGGGGACAGGGGCCUUAAGGGAGUCACAGGAAUAAAUGGAUUUAAGGGAGAAGAUGGAGAUUAUGGAAUUGAUGGCCUAAAUGGAGAAGAGGGCUUCCAUGGAACUCCUGGAAAGAAGGGAGAGAAAGGUGACCCAGGAUCCCAGGGAAGUAUGGGUAUCAGAGGUGUUCCUGGUAUCCGUGGAGGAAAAGGAUUUCCAGGAGAUCCUGGUGAACCUGGAAGGGACAACUUCUCCAGAGGGCCUGCGGGAUCUAAAGGAGAGCAAGGAAGACAAGGUCGAAGAGGACAAAAAGGCACAGAUGGCAGGCCUAACUCAAGAGGAAAAAUAGGACCAACAGGCCAAAGAGGAACCCAUGGACCAAAGGGCCCAAGUGGAAGUGCUGGCCCUAAAGGUGAAGAUGGAUCUGAAGGAUUAAGAGGAAUUGAGGGAAAAAUUGGAGACCCUGGACAGAAGGGAGAAAAAGGAAGCCUCGGAAAUAAAGGUCCUCAGGGGCCUUCUGGACAAGCAGGGGUUAAAGGGAGACCUGGAAAGCCCGGCAUCUUGGGAAGGAAGGGACAACCCGGAAUUCCAGGUGAUAAAGGAAUCCUAGGACUUCCUGGAUCUCGUGGAAUACAGGGAGACGUGGGCAAACCAAGUUAUGGCCACCGGGGAAGGAAAGGAGCAAAGGGCUCAAGAGGACACCCAGGAGACAUUGGGAACCAGGGUGAUGUUGGUGAUAGAGGAACUCCAGGGGGACCUGGACCUAAAGGAUUCAAAGGAGUCACAUUUGGCCUAGGUGAAAAGGGUGAAAUGGGUUUUCCUGGCUCUCCUGGACCUGCAGGGCCAAGGGGUCCUAAAGGCAUGAAGGGAUGGCCUCUAAGUUCGGAAUGUGAGCUCAUUAAAUUCUUGAGGGAUCAUAGUCCCUGUUGGGAAGACAAAUGCCCUGUCUACCCAACAGAAUUGGUGUUUGCAUUGGACGUGUCAAAACAGAGAUUUGAAGUUGUGAAAAAUAUGACCAUUUCCAUUUUGAAGGACCUUAAAAUCAGGGAAAACAACUGUCCCAUAGGAGCAAAGGUUGCUGUCCUUUCUUAUGGUUCUGAAAGCAGAUAUCUUAUUCGCUGGUCAGACUAUUCCAGUAAGCGGCAACUCCUCCAGAAACUCUCCAGAAUGACAUUUGAACGAUCUCCCUACUCUAGAGAUCUUGGUGACGCCAUGUUAUUUGUGGCCAGGAAUGUUUUCAAGCGAACCUUACCAGGACCUAACGUCAGGAGGCUCACUGUAUUUUUUAGUGACAAUCAAUCUCCAGAUAUAACAUCAAUCAUCACUGCCACCAUGGAGUUCAGCGGCCUCAAUAUCAUUCCAGCUGUAUUUGUUUUUAAUGAAAUGUUUGGUCUUGAGGAGGCCUUCCAGUUUGAUGACACUGGUACAUAUCAGGUCAUUCCAGUUCUAUCCUCUCACUUUUCUGAGCCAAUAAAAAGACUUCGUCAGUGCACACUCUGCUAUGAUAAAUGCUUUCCAAAUGUUUGUGCCGAAGAGCAAGCUGAUCGAGUAUAUUCGUACAUGGAUGCCCUCUUCCUCGUGGACAGCUCCCGGCAUGUGACAGGAGAUGAAUUUGAGCAAAUGAGAUCUUUCCUGAGCUCAGUGCUUGACAGCUUUGAGAUUUCUGACGACCCUUUGCAUUCUGAUGUAGGUGAUCGACUGGCUUUGCUAAGCUAUUCCCCAGGGGAUUUCUCCAGGAGAAGGAUAAGCACUCCGGUGAAGGAAGAGUUUGUCUUUACCACUUAUAACAGUAAAACUCUAAUGAAGAUAUACAUACAGGAUUCCCUCAAGCAACUUCAUGGAGAAGCCUUUGUUGCCCAUGCCCUUCAAUGGACAACAGAAAAGGUUUUCUCUGACACAGAACAGUCGAGGAAAAACAAGGUCAUCUUUAUUAUAUCUGCCGGAGAAAAUAAGGAAAAUAAGAAUGUCUUAAGGAAAAUGGCCCUGAGAGCCAAAUGCCAGGGGUAUGCCAUAUUUGUGAUUUCUCUGGGAUCCACACGAGAAGAAGAAGUAGAGGACAUAGCCAGCCUCCCUCUGGAUCAUCACUUGAUUCAACUUGGCAGAAUUCAUAAACCCAAUUUGGACUAUGCUGUGCGGUUCAUUAAGCCUUUUAUCCACUCAGUUAGACGAGGAUUCAAUAAAUACCCCCCUAUAACAUUGGAGAGACAAUGUAGACUUAUCUUGUCAGAACCACCACUUUUUCUUGACGGGACUAUUUUUACUUCAGGCAAUUAUGAAAUCUCCUCUGGUGAACCUUUUUUGUUAAAUGAAGAGGCACAGAAGCAAGAUCAUUCUUCAGUUUUACUGGAAAACAAUCAAAGUGAUGAAGUACUCUAUCUUCGCGACCAAAUGUUAAUUCCAGAAGAACUAUUAGUGAAAUACCCUAAAACAGUGGACACUGGAAAAGUAACAACUCUUACUUCAGAAAAUAAAAUAGAUAAUGGCCAUGAUUUGGAGCCAGAGGAAGUGGAUAUGAACUCUGGCUCUACCUUCAUGACUUUAGAAAGACCAUAUCAUUUAGUAGACAAACCAAUGGAUGUGGAGAUGGUGGAUAUGGAUUUGAAGCCAGGCUCUGACUAUCUGAUAGCAGGAGAUGAUAGUCGUGGAGAAAAAGAAGAAUCCAGCCCCACUUUGGAGCCCAGCACACAGUCUCUGGAAAACAUUUUUGUGGAUGUGGUUUUCCUCCUUGACUCUUCACGGAAUGUGGAAAGUUCUGAGUUUCAAGAAAUAAAAGAAUUUCUGGUCUCGGUGCUUGACUACUUUUACAUUGCCCCGGACCCGGUGACCUCUCCCAUAGGAGACAGAGUAGCCCUCCUGAGUUACUCCCCCCAGGGCUAUAGGCCCAACACAGAAGAGUGCCCAGUUCACAUGGAGUUUGAUUUAGUUACUUACAACAAUGUCCCCCAAAUGAAAAGCUACGUGAGGGAAGCUCUUCAGCCACUGAACGGCGAGUCUUUUGUUGGCCAUGCCCUGAAGUGGACAAUUGAUAAUAUCUUCUCAGACGCCCCCAACCUGAGGAAAAACAAAGUUAUCUUUGUGAUAUCUGCUGGAGAGACCAAUUAUUUGGACCAAAAAGCCUUAAAGGAAGAAGCUCUGAGAGCCAGGUGCCAAGGCUAUGCCAUCUUUGUGUUGUCCUUUGGCCCCACACACAAUGACAAAGAGCUGGAAGAGCUUGCCAGCCCGCCCCUGGAUCAUCACUUGGUCCAGCUGGGCAGAAUUCAUAAACCUGACUUUGACUAUAUCGUGAGGUUCAUCAAACCCUUUCUCCAUUCAAUCAGACGUGCAAUCAACCAAUAUCCCCCUGCAGAUUAUGCUCCAAAAUGCAUUAAUGUGACUUCUUCUAGACCAAAGAAACUUCAGGAAGAACACGCCAUAUUCCUUCUUCCUGAGAGAUAUGAGAUGGAGGUAGAAAAUAAUGACUUCUCUGACGAAUAUGAUUCUGAAGAGCCUCAUCUGGUUAUUUUAGAGGGCAAUCACAGUGUUAAAUCUGGAGACAUUUUUGACUUUUUCCAUGAGCUCCACCAUCUGUUUUCUACUGGGGAAGUCUCAAUGAAUGAUCAGGAAACACCAUGGUCCAAAGUAAAUACCUCUUUCAUUGAAGAUGAACAAAAAACUAACAAAGAUGAUGGAGAUGUAAGAUGAUAACCUUAUUACAAACAAGAUGUGACUUGUCAUGUUUGUUGUCAUGUCAUGGAGUUCUUGUACAAUUGUGUUUUUUAUGUUGUCUGUUGAUGACCUGUCAGUCUUUUGUCUAGAUCGUGAAUUCCCAAUGUUGAAUGUAGUAUGUAGAGGGAUUUGGCCAACCAAAAUAAUAAUAAUAAUAAUAAUAAUAAUAAUAAUAAUAAUGGUAAGAGAUAGAAUGAGCAAUCUUAUAUCUAGGAAAAUACUUUCCCUAAUGGAGGUUCUAUAGGGCCCUAGCCUUAAAGAUAAGAAUUCCUGGGUUCAAAUACUGCUUCAUACACUGACUGGUUGUGUGAUCCCAAGCAAGUCACCUGCCUCCAUACUUUAGUUUCUUCACCAGGAAAAUGAGGAGUUUGGACUUGAGAACCUCUAAGAUACCUUCCUGCUCUGAAAUUAUUAUCCUAUGAUUUUCUCAAGUUAAAAAAAAGUCUAUCUGUCAUAAGUAAGAAAAAAUAACAAAGAAAAAAAUCUCAUAGGUAACAAAAACAUUCUUUCUUAGGUGAUUCAGGGGUUUCUCCUUACAGAGCUCUUAAUGAGCAUAAGAAAAAAGCAAAAUGAAAAUUAAUAGGCCAAUCUUUGUUGCAGAGAAGAACUAGAGAUAUUCUCUGAAUUUGGUAACAUUUACAUUGUUAUGCAAUAACUUUAUACAGAAGUUAGUAAGGAUAGUUUUUAAAAAGUUGGAAAAUAUUGUUUAGGAUUAAGAAAUAAAUUAAAAAUCAGAGACUUAAUAAAUUCCAGUUAUAUAUCACAUUUUCUUUAAGAACUACAUGAUAAGUAUCAAAUAGUAAGACCAAUAAAAAAGGAAUUGACUCUUUUUUUUUUUUUCUGAGGCAAUUGGGGUUAAGUGACUUGCCCAGGGUCACACAGCUAAGGG